AUGGACACCCAACGACGCGACAAACCCAAGCGGGAAGACGACGUCUACCAGAAUCGAACCUCUGGCACUGGCACUGGCACUGGCACUGGCACUGGCACGCUGCAAAGUUUGUCUGCGAGUGCUGGCGCGAGCCCGACCUAUCGCUAUCCUCAAGGUGCUCCAGCGCCUUAUGGUCAUGCUCAUAGCGUGGCGCCGACAAACACCUGGCCCAGCACCCCUGUGGGUGUCCAUACACCACCUGAGUCACGUCGGACGAGUGAUAAUGAAAAAGGGAGUGCCAAACAGAGGCAAUCGCUGCCUUCCAUUUCAGAAGCGCUUGGGAUAGAUCGCCAAACAUCUACUGCUGCAGAUCCUCCACCACCUCUGCAACCAACGCAUCUCACGCAGACCCAAGCCACUACCCCAAGCUCGCCGUCUCCUGCUACUAGACGGUCGUUUCCCAUGGAACCGCCGCAGGGUCCGCAACCACCGUACUCCACUACCAGCAGUUCAUUUUCCCAGUACUCGCAUUAUCGCUCACCAGAAUCACAACAACCUGCAUACCCGCCGCCAUCGGAAAACUCACGCCCUACCCCAGCAGCAUACCCUCCAGUAACGGAAUCGAAGCCGCCUUUACAGCUCCAGACAUCUCAGCCGACAAGUCGUCCACCUCCAUCAACAACAUUUGCCAGACCCGCUGAACCAUCACCUGCGUACGAGCAACCAAAUUCCACUUCGACUGGGCCUAUGGGUCCUCCAUCAAGCUUUCCGUACGGCUACACACCAUAUCCUCCGCGCUAUGCCAACCCAACGCCUCCCUCAAGCACCGCUUCUGGGCCAAUUUAUCAACCUUCAGUCUACAGCGCUCCUCAGGCUGCUCAGACCACCUGGAAGACUGCAGAUCGUUCGGACGAACGAGCACAGGCUCCAGCCAGUUAUGGAGAUAGUGUCAAACGUCAUCUUGAUUUCUACGACUUGGAAGCGGCACUCAAUGAGAUCGCCGCGACCAGCGGAAUACUAAGUGACUUUUCACGUCGUUACGGCGACCGAAUGCACCAGACGCAGAGGUCAGGUGCCACGCUCAAAACACUUCCAGGCAUUGUGGAAGUGGAUGAUAUGAUCAACAAAUCGCGUGUGGCUCAUGAUUCACUCAUGAAGAUUCGAGACGUCAUUAUCCAGCAGCAAGCUGCAUACGAACAACAGGCUGCGGAUCAGCGGCAACAACACAAAGCCUUUGAUCCGCACCUAUCUCAACCAGAACACCACGAGCAGCAAGCCGACGACGGCAAGACCGGAGGAUUUGGAGGCGUCGACACGAAAAAACGCAGAGGGCGCGCAGCACCACCCGGACGCUGUCACAGCUGUAACCGCGCCGAAACGCCGGAAUGGCGGCGUGGACCGGACGGCGCAAGGACUCUCUGCAAUGCCUGCGGCCUGCACUACGCCAAGUUGACACGCAAAAACAAUGGAACCAACAAAACCACCAACGUUGGCAGCUCGAAUCUGCGACCAAAAGAAAAUAUGGCGCAGUAGAAGAAGACUUGAUCUGCACAUGUGCAAUCAAGAUCAACCCUUUCUGAGCAUUUGCUCUUUGCUUUGCUUUCUUAGCACUGUGUUGCUGAUGCUUUUUGCUUGCCUUUCAGCGAUACCCCUGCUAUUCGGCCUUUUCAGAGGUUCAAUUGCGGUACCUUCGAGCGAAUACAUCGCACGGAUGACGAAAACUUGCACAGCGUUAUGAGACGCUACGAAUUGUACAGGGCCUGACACACGAUGGUUCAAGGAGAGGCCGGGUGGCUGGCAGGAUGUGUUCUGUUUGUUUUUUCUCCUGCAAAGUUUGUCACUUGUCUGUUCAGCCUUUUAGCGUUGUCUUCACUUUUCGUCUUUCUUCCUGCCUACGGGCCCUUGAGAGCUCGGUAGCAUUGCAUGGACCGGAGUAAAUGGAGAGGAAGAUUCGCCCAGGAUGGGAUUUGCCGAUGGGCUGUCACGAUGGGAACGCAGUGCGCUGCGAAGGAGUGACGUGUAAUUUCAUG